CAUUCCCUUCCCCAUUCAGCUCCUGCUUCCUUCCUCGCCUCCCUACUGCUGCUGCUGCCUCCUUCCUCGCGCCUCCCUCCUCGCGCCUCCUUGCUGCUGCUGCUGCGCCUCCAUUAACGGAAUCUCCAUUAACAGAAAAUGGCUAGCAUUGGUACUUCUUUGAAAAGGAAGAGAAAUUGGGAUUGUAUUCGGUUCAUAAUUACUAUGAUUAAUUGUGUUGUGUUGCUACAUUUGAUGUUGUACUCGAUGAGAAAAACUAUAUACGAUUCCCAUUAUGUUAAGCUUGAUAAAAAAACUAGGAGAAAAAUGAGAUUGCACAACUUGAAUAGAAUGAUUAGAGAAAGUGACACUUUGUGUAGGAACUAUCUUCGUAUAAAUCGAUACACAUUUGGUGUUCUUUUAGAGAUGGUUAGAGAUAUUGGUGGAUUAAAUGAAACAAGAAACACAUGUUUGGAAGAGAUGGUUGCGGGUUUCUUAUACACAUUAGCUCACCAUAAGAAAAAUAGAAUGAUGGGUGCACAUUUUUAUAGAAGUGGUGAAACUAUUAGUAGACAAUUUCAUGCUUGUUUGUUAGCAAUCUUAAAGUUACAUGAUAUUCUUCUUAAGAAACCAACACCAAUACAAGAGGAUUGCAACGAUGAAAGAUGGAAAUAUUUCAAGAAUUCAUUAGGUGCCCUUGAUGGUACAAUGAUUCUAGUGAAUGUUCCUUGUGAUGAGCGAUCCAAAUAUCGGACUAGAAAAGGUACCCUUGCUAUGAAUGUAUUAGGAGUAUGUUCACCCGAGAUGGAAUUUAUAUAUGUCUUACCUGGUUGGGAGGGGUCGGCACACGAUGGUCGGAUUCUUCGAGAUGCUAUUUCUAGGCCUAAUGGGUUGAAAGUUCCAAAAGGUUGUUAUUAUCUAUGUGAUGGAGGAUAUACUAAUGGAGAAGGAUUCCUUGCACCCUAUAGAGGGCAUCUUUAUCAUCUUAGAGAAUGGAAUAAUGGCCCCCGACAACCCCAAACCGCCGAAGAAUAUUUCAACUUAAGGCAUGCAAAAGCUAGAAAUGUGAUUGAGAGAUGCUUUGGAUUACUCAAGGGAAGAUGGGGGAUUCUUAGAAGUCCUUCUUGGUUUAGUUUACAAACACAUGGUCGAAUUGUACUUGCUUGUGCUUUAUUACAUAAUUUGGUAAAGAGAUACAUGCUUGCAGAAUUUGAUGAUGAGGACUUGUUUGAGGAAAAUGAUAGUGAUGAUAAUGAUGGUGAUGAUAAUGAUGGUGAUGUUAAUGAGGAAGAUGAUGUGGAGUACAUAACCUCCAUUGCUGUAACCGAUCCAUGGACGAAUUUCCGAAAUACAAUGGCCCAACAUAUGUUCAAUGAUUGGAGGGCUAGACAACGCAGACUUACUUUGUGAUGUUAUUCAUUUUUAUUUAAAACCUCCAUUUCUUGUAUUUGAUUUUCAGACUUGUAUGUUUAUUUCUUGUAUUGAAUAUUUGUUGGUUCAUUCCAUUUUUAUAUACAUGCAAUUUUGUUUACUAUGAUCA